CAUUCCUGGGUCCUUUCUCGGCUUCCCCUCCACCCCCAUUACAUCUGCAGCCUUUUCUGUUGCUUUUCGCCUCUUACUUCUCUCAGGACUUCCCAUCUCCGUACCGGUUUUGGCGUUGUCUCAGUGAUUCUGACUUGAGUCCUUGCGUUGUGCGGACGCCGUUAAUAUUUCCUGUGCUUUAUGAAUGUUGUAGGGGUUUCUUCAGGCGGCAAUUCUUACAACACCAUGUCAGAUAGAUAUUGCAGGUGUGCAGCUGGGAAAGCACGGCUCCCCGUUUGCUGGAAGCCAUCCAGAGAAUUUAUAGGAGAGACAAGAUUGUUUGCUGGAAGCCAUCCAGAGAAUUUAUAGGAGAGACAAGAUUUGAGAUGGUCUUUCCUGAUUUACCUAUCGGUCAUCAAUUUGCAGAAAUGUCUCCCUGUGCACUGAGUUGCUGUUGUGUGUGUACUUGAGCAUUUGUUUUUGUUUUUAAGUGUUUUGUGGGAGUGUCUUUUUUGUGGGAUGUUCACUUGUCUGCUUGCUCUUUAUUGCUGAAAGAAAGACAUUGAAUCAUGAUGAGUGUCCCCAAAGGACCAAUAGCUCUUUUUGAAAAGCAGGUGGUUAUUUCAUCAAAAAGACAUUUGUGACCCCAUCUCUGUCAGGUACACAGAUCUACUCAAUGUAUCCUGGUAAACCCACGCGAGUUAAAAGAAUGAAGAUGAUCACCGAAGCGUUUUUAAAAGGGAUCAGGUUUCCAUCAUUGAACUCAGUUUGCUGCUCUUGUCUUUGUCACUGUAUUACACAAAAAGGGUGAUGUUGGGACACAGCAAGAAAACCGAAGAGGGCCAUGCAUAAGUUGUUGUUGUUGUUUAUUAGAUUUAUAUACUUCCCUUCAUCAAAAGAUCUCAGGGAGGGUCACAAGAUAAAGACUGGAACAAAGUCCCUCCUGUAUAAAGAAAGCUAUCUUAGAUGGGCUUUGCAUUUUACAACAUUGAGAGCCUGUUUUCUACUACUGUAGAAGUGCUACAUGGGAGAUAAGCAUCUGUUGCCAUACAUUGCACUUCAUAGACUUUAAGAAGCACAGGGUAGGCAAGUAUUACAAGUUCCCUAGUUGCUUCACUCCCAAACUUGAUUGUUGUGUUUCACUUGGCAAUGACAGCAGUCUGUAUUCAACUUAAGAGUAUUCUGGUCCAGAGCCGUCUCAAGCAUUUCGGGUGCCCUGGCGCCGUGGUGCGGAGAUCGCUCUGGCGCCCCUGCCCCGCCACGUUUCUUGCCACGAAUAUGACAGGCCGGAAUGAAUCCUGUGGUGCAGACCAGAUGCCCAUGUCUUACUUGACUUGCCUUCUUUACACACUGGAAGGAUGGACUGGAGUAGAACACUUGGACGAAUAUCUGAGUUACCUGGCCUACCUCAAAUGGCUCUUUGCACCAUUGCUUGUAGCAUUUUUACUUCCUGCAAUCAUCCUCUUUCUCUUAUAUGUUAGCAGUUUUAUUCUUCAUAUAUACAAGUUACGGGCACCCCUAAAAGAGGUUUAUACAAAUGAUUUUUGGGAUGGUGCAAUGCUAACAGUGACAACUAUGUGGUCUGUUCAUGGAAGAAUAUGGAAUGGCUAUGAGUUGCAUGGCCUAGAAAAAAUACCUGAUGGCCCAGCCCUAUUUGUUUUUUAUCACGGAGCAACACCUGUAGACUUUUUCUACUUCGUGUGUGCUGUUCUUGCUAAGAAGAAAAAAUAUAUCCAUGUAGUUGCUGAUCACUUUGUCAAUUUAUUACCAGGUUUCAAAAUCAUACUUGAUGUGUUUAGAACUGUGCCUGGAUCACAGGAGGAAUGUACAAAAGCAUUAAAGAACGGACACGCAUUGGCCAUUGCACCAGGAGGAGUCCGGGAAGCCCUGUUUAGUAAUGAAUCCUACACCGUGCUAUGGGGAAAUCGUAAAGGAUUUGCUCAAGUGGCUAUCAAUGCAAAAGUGCCCAUCAUUCCCUUAUUCACACAAAAUGUUCGGGAAAACAUUCGAACACUUGGUGGAUUUAAACUAUUUAGAUGGAUGUAUGAGAAAACUCGCUUGCCACUAGUCCCAUUGUAUGGAAACCUCCCAGUCAAACUACGCACAUAUGUUGGAGAUCCUAUUCCAUAUGACCCAAAUGUAACUGCUGCAGAACUGGCAGAAAAAGCAAAAAAUGCGUUACAAUGUUUAAUAGAGAAACAUCAGAAAAUACCAGGAAAUGUAUUUAGAGCAUUGAUGGAACGAUUUGAAACACAGAAAAAAGAAGACUAGUGUAUUUUUUGAUUCACAAAUAGUUGCAAAAUAUUUUUAAAUUAUGUUUAUGAUGUGAUGUAAUAUUUGAGAAGAAUGCAAUUGUAUUUUACUUUCUUUAGAAUUGUACAGUUUUACAGAAAAACCAGUUAUUUCCCCCAAAGAUCCUUGUUAAAUCUGGGACUUGGGAAUCUUACGCUUUAGGUACCAACACAACAAUUUGAUAUACCGUAUUUUUAAAGCACAGUUGUACCUUGAAAUAAGCUAUAAAAUGGCUUUCUUGGUUUCUUGAAAAUAUUUGGAAUUUCCUGCUGUCAUUUUAGCCAGAUUCAUAAAAAGAUCGAAAUUCCAAAUUGAGCUGUUGGAGAAUAAUGUUAAAUUAUUGUCGAAAAUGUAUAAUUUGCUGCUUGAUUGGUACACAAUGGAUGAGACAAUAAAGGAAUGUAUGAUAAAAUGGGCUAUAGAUCUGGGAUACAAUAUAGAGUUUGAUAAAUGGACAAAAUUGUGGAAGGAAAACCUUAGAUUUACAGCAUGCAUAACUUUAAAAGAGAACGUAUUAAACGUAUUAAACGUAUUAAAAAUGGUACACCAGCAAAGCUGGCUAAAAUGUACAGGAAAAAAGAUAAAGCUUGCUGGAAAUGUAAGUUAGCAGAAGGCCAUUUCUACCACAUGUGGCGGAUGUGUGACAAAGUCAAAAGUUUCUGGGAACAAGUCUAUAAUGAUUUUAAAAAAUUAUUUAAAUACAUGUUCCCAAAAAACCCCGAGGCCUUUCUGUUAGGGCUGAUGGGAAAUGAAAUUCGGAAAAUAGAUCAAAGACUGUUCAUGCACGCCACAGUGGCAGCGAGAGUCCUAUUAGCCCAGAGGUGGAAGACGACAGAAAUACCUACAAUUGCGGAAUGGCGAGUGAAAAUGCUGGAAUAUUUGGAACUGGCGAACCUGACCGGCAGAAUCCGGGACCAGGAGGAUACAAAAUUCAGUGAAGAAUGGAGUAAAUUUCGGGAGUACGCUAAGGAGAAUUACAAAAAUUUAAAGACUCUGGCGGGCAUAAGUUAGAACCUACAAAGUUGAUGUUUCUAAGAUAUGUUUUCGGUUAAAUAUUUAAUUUGUCUGGGUUGUGACGUGUUUUUUCAAAAUGCGCGUAUCAAAAGGAAUUAUACCUCUUACCAAAGGGGGGAGGGAAGUCCGAACCUGAAAGAAACUGACAAAUGUAUAAUGUUGAAGCUAUCAAGCUGUUGUAAAAAGUUUAAUGAAAAAUCAAUAAAAAUUCAUUAUAAUAGGAAAAAA